AAGGUUACAAUAGAUCAGUCGAUCGUCGUAUUUCGAAGAGUAAACAUCCUAGUUCUGUUAUUCCGUGUUCGUUCACUUAGUUAAUAAUCUUUUCCGAUUAUUUAAUAUUUAUUUAAAUAAUUUAUAGGAUAUUUUUAAUACUUUAAUAUAUAGUUUAUUAGAAAUAAUAAUUAAUAAUUAAUAAGGAUCCGUAUAAUUAUUUAAACAAUAAUGAAUUUUCGAAAUAUUAUUAAAUCGACAUUAAUUCGUCACGAAUAUAAUCUAAUUUUUUAGUUCGAAUAUUUUAUUAGAUCGAAUACUUGUAUCGUAUUAUAUCAAUUAUAGUUAUAUUUUCUAGGUUAAUAUCCGGCCUUUAACUUUCAGUGAUGGCCACUUGGCGUCGCCAUUUUAUUUGUGACCACCACAGCUGUGAAUCUUUAUUUAAUCAUAUGAUAAUAUCUUAUCGACGUAUACCUUGAUAAAAUAUAUAUGUAUUUCUGCGUUUACCCGUUGAUAGUAAAGAGGGCGUCUGCGAUAUUUAUCAGUGCAACAAAUUUGAGCUGGAAGUGGUAGGAAGUUCGAGGAUUCUUGGAAUUCGUUAAAUACUAUUAUAUACGUAUUUAGGUCGUUCCUUAUGUUUUAUAUUUAAUUUUAGAUAAAUUAAUAUUGCGUUUCUUUUCUUCAGUCAAGUUCAUUCCAACGAGUAACAUAAGUUGACAAUUAUUUUAUUACAUAGUUCUCUCACUUCCAUGAAAUGUGACAUACCAAUUGUAAUUACAUUGUUCAAACGUGAAUGGUUUUGCUAGAUCAAAGAAAUAAUUAUAAAAUCGCUCUUAGGAAGAGUUCUUUUUUAAUGUCUAAAUUGAAACAUACAUAAAUUAUUCAAUAUUUUCUAAUUAAUCAUGGAUAAGUUAAGGAGAGCUUUGAGCGGUAAAGAAGAAUGUGAUGAGGAAAGUGGUAUCAUUACACAGGUUAUGGAUCAAACGACACUGAGUUGGUCAACUCGCAUAAAAGGUUUUGCAAUUUGUUUUGUCAUAGGCAUCCUUUGUUCCUUCCUUGGAUCAUUCGCUUUAUUUUUAAGAAAAGGACUCACAGUAUUUGCGAUAUUUUACACAUUAGGCAAUAUCAUUUCACUAGCAAGUACUUGUUUUUUGAUGGGUCCAGUAAAUCAAGUAAAAAAGAUGUUUGCUGCAACAAGAGUUAUUGCAACUAUUUUAGUAUUCAUAUCGAUUGGUAUAACAUUAUUUGCAGCUUUGCAUUUACAUAAUCCUGGUUUGGCUCUUAUAUUUAUCAUUAUUCAAUCUAUAGCAAUGACUUGGUAUUCCUUAUCAUAUAUACCAUACGCACGAGAUGCUGUAAAGAAAACCGUUGAAUCUUGUAUUAUGUAAACAUACAUUGCUUAGAAAAGAAAAAAAUAUUGAAUACCAUUGUAUCAAUCAUAUAUAUAAAAACCUCGAAUUUUUGUACAUAUUUUUUGAGUGUCUCAUGUUCGAUAUAUUUUUCAAAAUCAAAAUGCUGUUAUAUAAGGUAUCAUUGAUAUAUUAAUGAAGUGCGCACACAUUUAUUUAUAUAGCUUAAUACAUGUUUAUAUACGUAUAUAUAUGAAUAUAUAUAUGUGUGUGUGAUUCGCGUUUAUAAGAUAAUACCGUUCGAUAUAUUUAAAAAUAUUUUUCUAUUCUUAUAAUGUAAAUUAUAUUCACACAAAGAGACAUCAAUCAUAUAACCUUAAUAUAAUAAACUUUUUUUACAGAAUUAUUCUCGGAUGAGAUGAAUAUAUAGUUUUUAGAAAUAUAUUAAAAAUUGUGCGAGAGAUUUAAAGAAUAAAUCUCUCUAUUCUUUAUGUAGAUUAAAUAUUAGAUUCGUUUAAGUUGUUAUAUUAGUUUAAAGCAUGAUAUAAAAAAAAAAAAAUUAAUUAAAAUUGAAACGACGUUUUCCAUCAAAUCGGAAACCGUAAGCGGCACUGUUAGGUGCAUCAACUAAAGCAGGAUUUCUGUAAAGAUGAAAAGUUCCAUGAAGAUGUGCUGGUCUUGCAGCAUUUUGUUCUUCGGCUUCUUUUCCCUUCAAAUAAAAUGCUUCAAAUUGA